ACGAAAUUUUGUAUGUUACAGACGAUUUUGGACUAAAAGAUAAAGACCUGCCAAUGGAAAUUCAAAUGAUUGGUCAGGGUGUCCAUCCUGACCAAGAAAAUAGAGAGCCUGGUCAGGAUCGACAUCCUGACCAGAGCCAUCAUAAUAAAGAUGAGGAAAAUAAUAACGAACAACAAAAUCCUCAGGGGGGGCAGGCCGCCUCUCCCCCCAUAACGAAACGUUUUGAGGCCCUGGAGCAGCAGGUGUCUGCUAUGCACGAACUGCUCCAGGGUCUUGCUGCUGCAAAUCCUGCUGCAACACGAAAAAGAGGUGGCGGGAAAAGCAAAGAGCGAUGGUAUUUCCGCCACCGACAACAACAACAGCAGCAGGGAGGAAACCAGCAGCAGCAACAACAACAGCAACAACGAGGCCGUGGGAGAGGCGGUAGGCCCUCCCGAGGAAAUAGAAGAGCGACGACUAUCGUCGUGAAAAACUAUUACGGAUGA